AAUGAGGACAGACUAGGUAAUUCAUGCCAAAGUUGGUUGAUAUACGAAUAAAUUUUCUGAUUCAGCAAUUAGUCAAUUAAUAACAAAUCAGUGUGCUUUAAAAGAGGUUAUAUAGCCUUACAGGAAAUAGCUUUAUCUCCUGUACAUAUUGCAUAAUGUUGCUCAAUGGAUACGAUAUGUGUAAAAGUGGCGGAUUAUCAUCGUCAUCAGUCAUUGUUACGUAGAUCGUGUGACGAAUCAGUGCGCGACGAUACCCGUGACGGCACUAAUGUAAGUCAUCUAAAGACGAUUAUGAUCCGUAUCCUCUGUCGAGUAUUAACUUCGCCGAGAAUUAAGACGCGCGCGAAUCACGCCAUGGCCGACGUUCUGAUGGAGCAGGUGCCCUUUUCAAGGGAUUUUCUGUUUCGCCAGUUUUUCGAUCCAAUAUCGAGCACGUACACGUAUUUGUUGGCCGAUAUCAACGAUAAAGAAGCAAUUUUAAUUGAUCCAGUUGUCGAAUGGGUUGAACGUGAUAAAAAAAUCAUCGAGGAACUAGGAUUAACAUUAAAAUACGCCCUCAACACGCACGUGCACGCAGACCAUAUCAGCGGAACAGGUCGACUGAAGUCGCUCUUGUCUGAUUGCAAAUCCAUGAUAUCGCGCAGUAGCGGUGCCGAAGCGGACGUACACCUGGAGCCAUACGAUCACGUCCAAUUCGGCAGACACCAAUUGAAAGUGCUGCCCACCCCCGGUCAUACCGAAGGUUGCGUCACGUACGUUUGCGAUGAGCAGGCAAUCGCGUUUACGGGUGAUGCACUCUUGAUACGAGGAUGUGGCAGAACAGAUUUUCAGGGCGGAUCCGCAGCGAUUCUGUACAAAUCCGUUCACGAGAAGAUAUUGAGUUUGCCGGAAUAUUAUCGACUAUAUCCGGCGCACGAUUACAACGGCAGAACCGUCACUACCGUGGCCGAGGAGAAGGUUUUCAAUCCCAGACUGUCCAAGUCACUCGAGGAGUUCGUCGACAUCAUGAAUCAUCUGAAUCUUCCGUAUCCCAAGAUGAUCGAUAAAGCUGUACCGUCCAACAAAGUUUGCGGCUUGUAUGAGGUUGAAAAAGAAAAGAGCGAGCAGUGAGAAUCAUCGACAGCAUUCUAGCCAAUGUAGUAGCACGUCAGUAUUGUAGCUUUAUUUAUUAUACUCGAAUAAUAAUACCUGGUGCCAGUAUCUAAUAGUUAUUAUUGAUACAUCAUGAAUUGUGUGAUUACUCCUGAUUUUUUAAAUAUUUUAUUAUGGAGAUCGAUAUUAUUAACGUUAUAUAAAGUAUAAUCACACAUAUCUUGUAAGUUUUAAUUCAACUUAUUGUUAAAGCAAUACACUCUACAAUAUGAUAUUAUUAUAACACACAAUGAUUUUUAAUAUAUAAUUCACGUUGUUA